AUGUCCGCUGUCGUUGGCUUAUCCACAUCUCGGGCUGUUUGGUCUCGUCUGGAAAAUACGUUCAGCCAUAGAUCAAAGUCCCGCGAGAUUCAACUGAAGGAUGAUCUUCAAACCAUGAAAAAGAAUGAUAAAACCGUACCUGAGUUCUCCCGUGAUUUCAAAACAGUCUGCGAUCAACUUGCUGCCAUGGGACGCCCAGUUGAUGAUCUUGAUAAACUCCACUGGUAUUUACGUGGUCUUGGAUCCUCUUUUUCAAUUUUUUCCACCACUCAAUUAUCUCUGUCUCCUCUUCCUAUAUUUGAUGAUGUUGUACCCAAAGCCGAAAGCUAUGAGAUCUUUGUUCGAUCUUUGGAGUCAACUCCUCCUCUGGGCUCCACUGCUGCUGCCUUUACUACUUCUCGCAUUUUCAAACCCGCAUCACAUGCGGGUGGUCGUGGAGAGUGCCGUUCCUCUCGUGGGGGACAAAACAAUCAAAGAACUCGUCCCAUUCGCUGUCAAAUAUGCCGUCGUGAAGGCCAUUAUGCCUCUACUUGCCGCGAUCGUUACACUCGGCCUCCUAGUGCAAGUUUAGUCGAAGCAUUCACUUCUUGCUCUCUUAAUGAUGGUCAAGAUUCUGUCCAAGAGUCCGAUGAGCAUCUUAGAGCUACCACAUCUACUGCAAACAGCACACUUGAGCUUCCUUGUUCAGUCAGGGCCCUACUCCCUGCUGGCUCUCAAGGGAGUUCAAGGUCUACAACAAUCAACACGGAGGAGGAAUAG